CCUCCGAGGUCGUUCUGCCUGGGGCCUCCGGCGGGUCCACAGAUCCCGGAAGCUAGCGCUGGGGGAGGGGGCUUUACGUCCUCUGAGAGCCCCUGUUCUCACCCGGGAGGUGGGAUGCUGAUGCCGGUGUCGCUGGGCUCUUCUGACUUAAGGAAUGAACGAACGUGAAGUGGUUGGUAGGAUGUUAACAUCCCUUCCUUUGGGGUGUGUACCCAUCAGUGAUUCGUAGAGCUGUGCCCCGGUUGGAUCCGUCCCGUUGAGGCGUCCGGCCCGCGGGGGGAGGUGGUUCUGACCCACCUGAUGUCACAGAAAUUCGGAAUCACCUGGCUUAGUGCUAGUCACGUGUCAGGUCUCAGCAUGGAUCGUGCUCUGGGGGCCGUGUAAGGUGUAGGGUGCAGAGGUGAGCAGACCUAGAUCGACCUCAGCCCCUAUUUUUGGGUGUUGCGGAACUCUGCUCAGUUGUUUCCUCCUUGGUUACUUGUCAGCUGUUCAGGACCCAGUUCACAGGUCGUCCCUGCAGGGGCCUUUUUGUCCCCCCCCUCCCCCGUGCUCUUCCUAAAUCGUAUGUCCCUACCAGAAUUAAUUGUUUUUCUGAGGACAGGUCCCAUGUAUCCUGAUGACAUCUGUGGAGGGAUCGUACAGGUUCUAUCACAAUAUCAGAAAGUGCUGGUAGGACUGAACCCUUUGGGGUGCCUGUCCAUUCUGGCUGGGGUAUGUUCACAGGACAGGUGCUCACAUGGCAAGUGCUCACACAGGCUGUCUGUCAUGUGUGAAGUCCAUGCAGCUGACCCUGGCUUAGGGUUGGACCUGCUUAGCAGACGUGAGCCCAGUCCCCUGAGACUUCCAGCUUGUCCGGAUAGAAUUGGAGUGAGAGCCCUGAGGCCACAAAGGGCUGAUGUGCAGGGAUCAAGGGCAGUGCUCACAGGUAGAUGCACCCCCUCAGACUCUCCCUUCUCACAGCUCAGAGCCCCGCCGCUGUGGAGGAGAUUCUAGACCGGGAGAAUAAGCGGAUGGCCGACAGCUUGGCUUCCAAGGUCACCAGGCUCAAAUCGCUGGCCCUGGACAUCGAUAGGGACGCAGAAGACCAGAACCGGUACCUGGACAGCAUGGACUCGGAUUUCACAAGCAUGACAGGCCUGCUCACGGGGAGCGUGAAGCGCUUUUCCACAAUGGCGAGGUCUGGGCGAGACAACCGGAAGCUUCUAUGUGGUAUGGCCGUGGGCCUGAUCGUGGCCUUCUUCAUUCUCUCCUAUCUCCUGUCAAGGGCAAGGACAUGAGCCACUAGGAGCUGACUUCUGUGGGGCCUGGGGCAACCAGGGUCUUCCCCUGCCUGGUGUCCUAGGCUCCAGAGGACCUACCUGCAAAAUACUCCUUUGAAAUGAUGAUUGUGGCUUAGGAAUUUUCUUCCUCUGUGACUGGCGUUCAUGGCUGCCUCUGACCGAGUGAGCUCGUAUUGGCUGGUCCCGUGUGUGUAAGGGUCUCUUUCCCUUGGGGAAACCAAGGCGCAGGCCCUGUGCUACUCUGGGUACCAGAGGCUCUGGAAAUCCUGGACAUGGCUACCUGUGGCCAGCAGCCCUUCCCUUGUCCCUUGGGGCUCUGACGUCUCAAGGCUCUGCCCUAUCCAUGUCUCUGGGUAAGGCCACGUCUGAUGCCCGAGGUGCCUGGAGCUGACAUGGGAUGGGGGUUUGGCUGUGAAGUUUGAGCACCAUCUCCUCAGCUCGGAGAUUGCAGCUACUCUUGGCUAGGGCUGCUGAGUAUGGGCAGAUGAGCCUCGCCUGCCCUCCAGACCCUCGGGGAAGGGCAGGGUAUUGUGGAUGAAGAAGUGGACCGCAACCUUGGCUGGAGGCAUUGGGCCCUGAUCCUUUUGGAUCUCACAGUCUUGUAUCCAGGAGCAGAAACUCCUAUUUUCUCAGGAUUCAAGAUCUAGCCAACACCAAAGAUGUAUUUCUGGGAGACCAGACCUCUAGAAGCAGUUCCAUCUGGCGUUUCAGAGUUAGGUGGAAUGUGUGUUGGGGAGGCGCCUUCUGUGGGUCAAGACAGGAGGCUUCCCUACAAGGACUCUGUUCAUAGGACCCAUGGGUCACUUCCUGAGGGUCACCAGGCAGCUUCCCCUCCACCAUGUGAGGCCCUUCAACAGUGAGUAUUCCCUUACUAAGGGAACUCUUAGUCGUUCCCUCAUCCCCAGCCUCUGCAGACUGCUCUCCGUGCCCGCCUCUCCCUGGACCCUCACUGCCCACUUGGCCAGCCCCAUGUUCACACAAACCAAAGCACAGGCCCAGCUGGGCCAGCGGCUUCGCACCCCACGGUGAGGUGUCGGCACCCUCAUUGUGCAUAAAUACGUCUUCUGCCAGCCCAGUCACUCCCGCUUACUCCCAGAGGACUGUUGGCUCUGCCCCACACUGUGUGCUGUGCAGGCCCCUGGUGUGACUCACACACACUGACCGCACAUCGGCUGAGGUCUCUGACUCUGGUCACCUCACCUUCAGCACUGCUGCUGUUCCCUGUUCUCCCUUCUGCGUCCCUUGUCUGUCCAGCAGGCCUGGCCCCUCCUCACGUGGUCACUGUAGCACUCUUCUUGCGUUGGACCUGCUGGGCUGCUCAGCCUCCUGGAGGAGGGGGAACCUACGUUCCUACUUCUGAGUGCUCUGUUCUGACAUGCCCCUACCCCUCCAGAGGCUAGUUUCUCAUCCAGGGAGGUCUGCUUACCUGCCUCCCUGUCUGUGGGGCUUUGGUGUUUCCCCUGACUCCUUGACAUUCCUUCUCAGGCCCCCAUGGUCCUGCUUCCCUCCCCAGUCCCCAUGCACUAUGGCUUUGAGUUAGCCAUCUCAUGUUAAAUCUUGCGACGGGGGCAUGUCCACUGGUCACCAAGCUUACUAGACCUGUGUAGUGUGUCCGUCUGGUGGCAUUGCAGAUGGACCCACACCCUGCAUCCCCCCCCCGGGCCUGUGGUGCUGACCUCUUCCUGAGAACACGGCUCAGUUGUGAGAGCUGCACCACACUACGGAUUCGAUGCAGGCUGGUUUAGAUUUUGUGUUUCGGGUAGUCUUGAUGAGUGCUUUCUGCUGUCCCCCUGAGACCUCAAGCCGCAAUGUUCUCUCCUAAAGCCCCCAUCUCUGCCUCCCCGCCUCCACUUCAUAGCUCUUUGUGGCCCUUCCAGCUAUUUUGGGGUCUGGGUUUUCGUUACUUUUGGUUUACCAUUUUGUUUCUCAUUGCACUGGGAUGGAUUCCAUGAUGGGGGCAUGUCAGCUCUGCUGCCGACCUGUCAGAGCCUUUGCCCUCCUCUUGCCCCGCCUCGGGCGCUCAGCACCCUCUCCUGUGCGUAAGCGCGGUUUGCUGACGUUGGUCCCUGAAACCACUAAAACAAAAAGGACCUGGGGACCCGACCUGUGCCAAGUGAGGAGACGCUGCCAGGCUUUAUCCCACAAUUCAAGAACAAGGCAUUUAACAAAGAUUUGGAAUAAACAGCUUCAUGACGAAGUAAA